UGAACUUUCGAUACGCAGCUGAGACAUUUCCAUCCAUUCACAAUCUCAUCAAUGUGCAGCAAAGGCAGUUCCAGACAUUUUGACAAAGCAUCACAACAAGGGCACAAUACUGCAAGCACUGGACACUGAGACAGCACUAUUUCGACAAGAGGAGGGAGAAUACAUAUAUUGCUGCUCCCUCUCCAAUCAACUCGCCAUUCCACAAUCAAAAUGGGCAUCCGACAACGCGCUGCUACAAUGACACGAAUCCACAAUGCACAAGCCUCAUUUCGCCGAAGCAUUACAACAACAGAGACCAAAUAUCUUGACCUUGGAUUAGAAUACCACGCUCUUCCGCUCCAACUUCGGAGAAUUCGCGAACGGCCACAAGUCGACUGCGCUACAGCAUUCACGAUAGACGACUCUAUGCCUGCGAACGACUGUAUCGGGUACUUGGAAGAUCUCGAACAGCUCUGCAUCGCUUCUUCACAUCACCUCCAAGAAGUGGACCCGGAAGCCGCAGAGAGAACAUUGUGUACCGGUCUGGAAAUACUGGAAGCAAUGAACGAUCAACUAGUGGCCCUCGAGAUUUCUGUGAACAAGCUGCACAGAAAAUUCAGCGACAUGGUCGAUGAUGAGGUGGAGUUUGAGGAGGGAAUUGAGUAUCGGUUGGCGCUCCGGCCAGAGCAAGGGGGCGAGAAGUUCGAGAUGUUGCGGGACUGGACGAUGGCGUUGCCUCAGGUGCGUCGCUGGCUGCGAAAUGGAAAGGUGCGAAGUGAGGAGGAAGCGAUGUUGCUCAUAGCAAGCGCUGGAUGCCAAGUGAGCUCACCAUCUGACGACGAGGACUCUAGGCUGCAGUCGAGUGAGGAUGACGGAAAACGCGAUGGACCCCUGAAGCGGAUGCGGAGACGCACUAAGGGUGAACGCAUCUGAGAUACCAUUACCAAAAACCUCUUUUCUGCAUUAGCGUUGCUGUAUUUUUAGCGAGUGUGCGAAGCCAUUCUUUAUCUUUGAUCAUAUCUCUCGUUCGUUCCGUGAUUUCAAUGCGGCUUGCCAUGAACAAGACCUCGCUUGGACAUGCGCUGCGUAUCGCAAAGGGGAAAACAACAUGCUGCUACCCGCACGCAAACACCGUUGGCUGCCGACGCCACGUGAAUGCCUUCACUUACCCGUGACGUGCGGCCCGUGCCUUCUUGCAGCAGCAGCGAUACGUGCAGGUUAUUGUCUCAGGCG